CCAAUGAAACACGACUACUGAGUACGCUACGUGUUCUCGUAGCCAAUCGGCGUCUUCCCAUCUGACUUUCAUUGAUCAGCUGAGUGUCUUUCGCGUAUGUUCUGCUAGAUUUCGCAGUUCUGGUCGAGGCGGUAAAGGAGUGCUGUAGUUUGAAUUGAGUAACGGUUAGUUAGCUGGUUAGUCAUAUGAAGCGUACUUCAUAAAAUGUUAGUCUUCCUAGAGUAAAUAUACGAAGUCAGAUUGCUUCCCACGAGGGUUAAUCUGUAAUUUAAAGUAGUCUGUUAGCUUCGACCUCCCGCUCUCAGUCCCCCAUAAUGCUGCUAUGGGGCAGCGCGAACUGUUGUACGAGCCCUCGAUGAAGCGGAGCGUCGUUCGAGCAGCUACCGUUUGCCGACUGGACGUAGGCGGCGUUGUGAAGGAGGCUAGCCAUCCCCGGGACGCUCUAUCUUCACGGUACCUGGUGGGACAUGGUGUCAAGCGUAUGCUGAGCCGCACAGAGGAAGCUCUGUGCCUGCCAUACCCACAGCAGCGACAGCUUGUGCUGGAUCUCUGUCUGGACAAGCUACAGAGUGUCCGCACACAUGCAGAGCCCAGCCUGCGUCGAUCUGUCCUGCUGGCCAACACGCUCCGGCAGAUUCAGGAGGAGAUGCAGCGGGAGAAUGGAGAUUCUCCCAGUCUCACACCUCCCUGUGUGCUUCAAGAUGAAGGAUCUGUUCCUGAGGACGUAGCAAACCCGCUUUUUGGCUCCUUUGAGAUUACAAACUCCACCAGCUAUAUGACAGACUUGGCAUUAGAUGACAUCUUUGAGGACAUUGAUACAUCCAUGUAUGACACGGCAGAUACCUGUGCCCUGGUCUUCUCCUCAACAUGGGGAUUGGGAUCCCAAUCAUCAAUACUGGAUGACGGCCUCAAGGUCUUAUCUAGUUGCACCCCGGCCAGUGCCCUCCAGCUCUGCUUUACAGACCUCAGUGACCUGGACCACAUCAUGGAGAUCCUGGUCCAGCCCUGAAUUCCAUGGAUUGCAAUGUGGGUGUUAUGGUCCUCUUGUUUUUUGCCAGUUUUUAUUAAAAACAGAAUUGCUGUUUUUAGAACUGAA